CCCAGAAACCUUAUCUCAAUAACAGAGAGUAGCAUAUAUAUGGUUAGGAAAAUAGGGCUUAUCUUCUUGUGAACAGAGAACUAGUUGGGCUGAGAAGAAGAAGAGCUUUGAGCAGCCAUGGCAGCCUUGAGCUGUCAAUUUCACCCCACAGUCUACAAAAGUUGUCGACUUAUUAAAGCUAGACCACCUUCCAUCUCUUGCUCCAUGCAGCCCUCUCAAAGUAAUAUCAAGGUUGUUGUAAAUGGAGCAGCAAAAGAAAUAGGCAGGGCAGCAGUAAAUGCAGUGACCAGAGCUAGAGGAAUGGAGGUGGCUGGUGCAGUGGAUUCAUAUCUUGUAGGAGAAGAUAUUGGAAGGGUGUGUGACAUGGAAGAGCCUCUAGAAAUUCCCAUAAUGAAUGAUCUCACCAUGGUAUUAGGUUCCAUAUCUCAGUCAAAAGCAACAGGAGUUGUCAUUGAUUUCACUGAUCCUUCGACAGUAUAUGAAAAUGUGAAACAGGCAACAGCAUUUGGGAUGAAAAGUGUAGUUUAUGUGCCUCGAAUUCGGCCUGAUACGGUAACUGCAUUGUCUGCAUUAUGUGAGAAAGCCAGCAUGGGUUGUCUUGUUGCGCCAACUCUAUCAAUAGGAUCUAUACUUCUUCAACAAGGAGCAAUAUCAGCUUCCUUCCACUACAACAACGUAGAAAUUGUGGAAUCGAGGCCAAGUGCAACGGAUCUUCCAUCGCCAGAUGCAAUCCAGAUUGCCAAUAACCUCUCUAAUCUUGGCCAAAUCUACAAUAGACAAGAUAUUACAACUGACGUUCUGGCAAGGGGUCAAGUUCUUGGAGAAGAUGGGGUUCGAGUGCAUAGCUUAGUCCUUCCAGGACUUCCCUCCAGUACAACAGUCUACUUCUCUGGCCCAGGAGAGAUUUACUCUCUUAAACAUGAUAUCACUGACGUCCAAUGUCUCAUGCCAGGCCUAAUCUUGGCCAUCAGAAAGGUUGUGCGCCUUAAGGUAACGAAUCAAAUCCCGUUUUAUCUUUUUGAUUUCUUCAACCAUUCUGCUACUCCAUCUCCGAAGUAAGAAUGCCGUUUUCUUUCUGCAUUAUUCUUGCAGAAUCUGGUGUAUGGCUUGGAGAAAUUUUUGUAGAAACCCACAUCAUCUUCUAUCUCCAAAAUCUGGAACUUUAACCUGGGUGUUGAUCAAUCGCUGAUCCAUACCAUAUCAUUCUGCAAACAAAACAAAAAUUCAAAAAGAGGAAGAUUUGAUAACCAAAAUAGCAGAGGGGUAAAAAGAUCUUUUUUCUUCUGUUUCUUAAUGAAAUGUAAUUCAUUGAACUUUUGAGAGACAUUAAAGGCUCGUGGUAUUCGAUUGGAAUCCAACAUGAUAAGGCCAACAAUGUUCAUUCAAACAUGAUCAAGGCUUUUUUCAGAUAUCCACACAGUUGUUAUAAUCCAAGCAGACACUUGUGGCAAUUUAUAUGUUA